AUGACAAAGUUUUCACUUUUAGGAAAAAUAACUUUAGCUUCAGUUAUAGGGCAAUCGAUAAUUGUUGCAGUAUUAGAAUCAUUGGUUAUUUUUUUUCAUGUUAAAUUCGUUGGAAAUUUUAUAUUAGAUGAAUUUGGAGAGGGGAUUUCACAAGUUGAUUUGAUUUAUCAUUUAAUAUUCAUUAUCGCAUUUGUAUUCCAAGCAUUAAUAUGCAUUGAUGCAUUAAGAAACAAAAAUCCAAUUCAAUUUAUAGCCUUAUUAAUAUUUAAUCUAUUAACCUUAUUAUAUGCGGUAAUUCAAUUAUAUCAACAUAAAACUUUAGAAGAUGAAGGAACCGAAAGUGCAAAUUUCAUAGAAAGCAGUAGAUUCGAAAAUCGAACAAAAGUUAAAAUUUAUUUUGAAGCUAGAAUGAGACCUUUGGAAUAUACUAUUAUGACUUUUAUUUCUACUUUCUCGGUGUAUUUGGCUUUCAUGACGUAUAAACUAUAUUCGGAAAUGGAAUGGGAUAAUUAUAAAAAAUAUUCUGGUGAUAUUAAAAUCAGAAAAGCAUUUGUGACUUUAUCAAUCUUGCAAACAUUAAUAAAAAUGGAUAUAUUCUUUAUCGGAGCUUACGCUAUUCAAUUAAUUCCUUCACAUAAGAUGGGACAUUCUUUUUCAAUUAUUGAAACAAUCUUAAUAUUCGUAUUAAGUGCCACAUUAUUAUUAAUGUCUUGGGUAGCGGUAUCUCGAGAAAAGAAAUAUAUUUUAUUAAGAAUUUAUGUGCUUGAAGUUUAUAAUAAUAAUGAUACUGAUAUAGAGAAUUCUUUAUCUAACACUAUUAGAAAUAGUAUAAAGAGGCAUUCGAAGAAAUUAAGUUUAAAACGAAAACAACAACGAAUGAAAUCUAAUUAUCGAGAAUAUAAAUCAAAACAUCAACAACUUUUGCAAAGGAAAUGGCAAUUAAAUGAAAAAGAAAAAAAAGAAUUAAGAUGGUUAACUAAUAGAUUACGUGAUCAUAGUAGAUAUUUGGCUCGAAUUGAUUUAUGGAAGAAUAAUUAUGAAAAUCCAAAUUUUGAAUUUUUGAAAGAAUUUCCAUUAUGGUUGAAAGGACUUGAAUUAGCAAAAUUCACUUCAGUUUUUGAAGGAAUGAAAAUAAGAAAUGUAAUAGAAUUUGAUGAAGAACAAUUGGAAAAAAUAGGUAUAUACAGAAAUGCUGCAAGAAAAGUAUUGAUAGAAGCUUUUGAAAAAAUCAAACAAGCUUUAAAUGAUCCAGAACAUCCAAGUAGAAUUGAAAAUAUUGAUGAAAUUUUGGAUACUGUUAUAGAAAAUUAUGAAAAUAAUGAAGAAAAUUAA